UUUCCCUUCUAGAGGAAGUGCAGGGUUACCCGCUGUUGGUCACCAUGGGUGGACGGAGAGAUGCGAAAGUAGUAAUAAUAGGAUGCGGGAUAGCGGGUAUAGCAGCGGCACAGAAACUGGUAAAAGCUGGGUUUCAUCAUGUGCGGAUUCUCGAAGCGACAGCAAGAAGCGGAGGACGAAUAAAAACGGGGAGGCUGGGUAAUAAUAUUGUCGAGAUAGGCGCAAACUGGAUCCACGGGCCGUCCGAGGAGAACCCGGUGUUUUGUCUGGCCCGUCAGUACGGGCUUUUGGAUCCAGAAGCCCUCACCCCGGAGAACCAGGCCAUGGAUAUAGGAGGGCAUGUUCCCUGGAUUCCUAGAUUCUUCAGCAGUGCAGGUCGAGAGCUGAAGGCUGAGGACAUAUAUCCCGCUCAGGAAUUGUUUGUGGAGCUGAUGAAUGAAAGUUCUGAAUUUCAGAGUCAAAGAGGAGAACCCUGGCCCAGCGUGGGAGAUUUCAUACGGACGCAGGUACAACAACAUGCAGCAGAGAAAUGGAAAGAUGCUGAUGCAGCUACCAGAUCUCUGCGACUCUGUGUGAUCAGUAGCAUGUUGAAGGUCGAGUGCUGCAUCAAUGGGGCUCAUAGCAUGGAUGAGAUCGGCCUGGGGGCCUUUGGUCUAUACAAGACUCUACCUGGACUGGACUGUACAUUCCCAGGUGGCUAUGAAGGUCUAAUCCAGAACUUGAUGGCAGAACUCCCCACUGCUUUAGUGGCCUACAAUAAGCCUGUGCGCUGUGUCAACUGGAACAACACAAAGAACGCAGACCCUGUGACGGUCGAGUGCGAUGAUGGCCAGAGGCUCGUUGCUGAUCAUGUUAUAGUCACAGUACCUCUCGGAUAUUUAAAGAAGCACCACUCAACCCUGUUCCAUCCUCCUCUCCCUCUGCACAAGCUGCACUCCGUCCAGAGGCUGGGUUUUGGAACAAACAAUAAAAUAUUUGUGGAGUUUGAGUCACCGUGGUGGGAUGCCGACUGUGAAGGAAUCUUCUUGGUGUGGGAAGAUGAGGAUGCUUUGGUGGACCAGGUGCCAGAUCUACAGAGAUCCUGGAUAAAGAAGUUGUUUGGCUUCAGCGUACUCAAACCCACUGAAAGAUAUGGCCACGUUCUCUGUGGCUGGAUUGCUGGGCAUGAGUCAGAGUAUAUGGAGACACUGUCUGAACAGGAGGUCACACAUGCCGUCACACAGCUCAUCCGCAGGUUUACAGGGAACCCUAUCAUCACACCGAGGAGAAUCCUGCGCUCCCAGUGGUUUCACGACCCAUGGACGUGCGGAUCUUACAGUUACCUUGGAAAAGGCUGUUCCGAGCAGGACUUGGACAACUUGAUGGAGCCCCUCCCAGCAAGAGGAUCAAAAUCACAACCCCUGCAGGUGUUGUUUGCUGGAGAGGCAACGCAUCCUUUCUUCUUCUCGACCGUCCAUGGAGCUCUUCUCACCGGGUGGAGAGAAGCCGAUAGACUCAUCUCUCACUACUCGUCUGUUAGUUCUUCUGAGCUUCCCAAACCAAAGCUUUAAAAAAAAAUUAUCUUUGCCAAAAAAAAAAUAAUAAAGCUCAAAUUUACUGUAAUCUGAAGCUUUCCUUCACACGUGAUGUGAGGUAAUUUAUUUUCAAAUUAUGAUAUCAGAGUGGAUAUGAAGGAUUGUGUGGAAGCUGCUGACCUUAGGAUGUUUAAUGCAUUCACUGGUACUGUGAACCAGGACAGUCAGUUCACGUGGUUUAUAGUAUCAUGGGGUGAUGAUAUGAAUAAUGGUCAUGGAUACAUAUAUUUACAUAUGUACUGAUGGACAGGCCUUUUAGUAAACCUUCACUAAAAACACAGUAAUCAAUAAUGCACAUGUUGUAAUCCUUUUUGUAAAUCAGUACUUAUCAGAAUUAAUAUUGACUAUACAACUUAAAAAUUUCAGGACUGACUGAAUUCCACAGUUUAUAACUUUCCUCUUUUACUGAUUGUUGUUUUUGUACUGAUUUUAAUUAACUGUAAAUUACACUGUAAUUUUUAUGAGCUUUUUGUGAUUGUAUAUAUUUAGGCUGAAGAACAUAAAUAUUGAACAAAAUAAUAAAACUUUUUGUUGAAAUUA